AUGUCUAGGCAAAUUAGCACCUGGUGCAAAAACUGCUUGCCAUGCCAAAGAGCAAAAGUUUCUCGGCACAACAAAUUUAUUCCCUUUAAAUUUCUAUUGCCAGAUGCGCGUUUCUCUCAUGUUCAUCUAGACAUCGUGACGCUGACAGAGAGUGAGGGCUUCUCUCACGCGCUCACGAUGAUCGACCGAUACUCGAGAUGGCCAGAAGCAGUUCCCAUUGCAGACAUGACAGCUGACACGGUGGCCAGAGCCUUCGUCGAGACUUGGGUCGUGCGCUACGGCGCCCCCAAAACGGUAACCACGGAUCAAGGCAAACAAUUUGAGGGCGACCUGUUCAACAAUCUUGCGAUUCUUCUGGGGUGUAAUCAUAUCCGCACCACCAGCUAUCAUCCGCAGAGCAAUGGGGUACUCGAACGCUGGCAUCGAGACUUCAAAGCAGCUCUCAUGUGCCAAGCGAAUUCCGAUGAGUGGACCCGCACCUUACCUUUCGUAAUGCUGGGCUUGCGCACUCGAAUUCGCUCCGAUAUCGACUGUAAUGCUGCAGAGAUGGUCUUUGGAUCGACCCUCAGACUCCCUGGUGAAUUCUUCUCUAGCGAAGACGAGGAACACGACAGAAGAGUCUUCACUUCUAAGUUCCGUCCCUUCAUGCAGGCAAUCAGACCCAUUUCCGAUACCGAUCACGAUCCAAUCAAAAAAGCUCAGGAUCCGCCAUACUUGGGCCCAUACAAGGUCGACAACCGUCUCUCGGAAACUUUUUACAACGUGCUUAUCCCCAAUAAGCUCGGACGUGAGGAGUCUAAAACCAUCACCACGCUGACACCAGCCUUCAGCUCUUACUUUGAUCACCAUCAAGCACUAGACGCUGACGAUGCCAACCCCGGAAAUCUUAUAUCUGCGCGCGAGGAAACCACUAAAAAAUUGAGUGACAACGACUGCAAUCUCCUUGAGAACUUCGAUUGUAAUAACGAAAUGUUACCUUUCGAUAAUCGCGAGAACUGUAUUACGGGUGAAUGUGACAGGAGUGUGCAUAAUUCAGCGUUGGAUUGUAACGUCACAUGCAAAGAAGUUGUUGUUGGCGAGUCAGGUGUGAGUGAGGAGCUCGUUGUGAACGAGUCCGAUGCGAAUGACCGCGGUGGCAUUGUUAACCUGAAUGCAGAGUGCACGAAGCGUAAUAAUCGUAAAAAAAGCUGCUUCAAUAAAGACUGUUAA